AUGGAACCACCAGAGGUGUGCCGGAGCGGGUCGGGCGAGGCGGAGGCGCCGGCGCCGCUGGCGUGGCUGGACGGCGUGCACGACCUGGGCGCGCUGUGCGCCGACGCGUCGCAGGACGGGCAGCUCGCGGCCACGGGCGGGCAGGACUCGCUGGUGCGCGUGUGGCGCGCGGGCCCCGCCGGCCUGGAGCCGCUGGGGCCCGCGCUCAGCGGCCACCUGGCGGCCGUCACGGCGCUGCGCUGGGGCCGGCGCGGCGCCCGGCCCGUGCUGGCCAGCGCCAGCCUGGACCGCACGGCGCGCCUGUGGCUGCUGGCCGACAGUGACAUGCGCUGCGUGCGCGUCGUGCACGCGCAUUCUCGCUAUCUCACGUGCGUCGUGCUCUCGCCAGACGCGCACUAUAUGCUCACCGGCUCCAACGAUAAGUCACUUCGGAUGUGGUCCCUGGGCUCUCUGACACUAGACGACAGUUUGGACACUCCGUGCGAAGCGCUCGCUCACUUUGGUCUCGGUGAUCUUGAGGGAAUCGGGCCAGUGGAGGAGGAAGAAGGCUUGGAGGCGAGUGACGAGCUGGCGGGUCAGGACGCGGAGGCGGACGGCAGCGGCGCGACGCGGCUGUGGCGCGAGGCGGCGCACGCGGGCGCCAUCAACUGCAUCGCCACGCACGGCGACCUGGUGGCCACGGCGUCCAGCGACGGGCGCGCGCGCGUGCUGCGCUGGCACGCGGCGGCGGGCGCGCUGGAGCCGCUGCACGAGCUGGCGGCGCACGACUACCCCGUGAUGGCGGCCGACUUCUGUGCCGCCGGCGCCGCGCUGCUCACCGCCGGCCUCGACGGCCGCGCCUGCAUCUGGGACGUGGAGGUAUGUGGCGAGGAGGGUCAACUUUAUGCUCAGUUGCACCAUUAUGAAGAUCGUUGCAAGCACUAUCGAAUGUUUCGAUACCCUACAAUUGUUGAAUGUUCUGUUUGGCACUUGCAGUCGGGUGUGCAGCUGCGGUCACUGAGCCUGCCGGCGCGGGAGGGCGCGGCGGGUGAGGCGGGGGGCGGCGGGGUGCGGGCGGCGCGCGCCUCCCCCCGGCGCCCCGCGCUGCUGCUGCUGGGCACGGACGACGGGCUGGCGCCGCUGUGGAGCCUCGACCAGGACGAUCCCGGGCCGCUACACGUGUACGCGGGGCACGCGGAGGCGGUGACGUGCUGCGCGUGGGCGGAGGACGCGCGGCUGCUGGCCACGGGCGACGCGGCGGGCGAGCUGCGCGUGCUGGCGCCGCCGCCGCGCGCGCGCACGCUGCGCGCCGAGCCGCACGCGCACGACCCCGCGGGGGGAAUCCAGAGCUGCGACUUCGCGUCGCCGUCCGCGCUGGAACUGCCAGACGAUACAUAUCUACUCGCCACCGCCGGCUGCGACUCUCUUAUUAAAUUAUGGCUCAUACAUUACAAAGAGUGUACUAUCCUCAGCGUCCUCACGCCGGGCCACGAUUCCUUAGAUGUGUGCCCGGGAAUCCGACAACUCUCCGAUUGCACGCCAACAUUGACAAUUGGCCGCCAACAUACGCCAAUACCCCGUGUACACAUUGGUGUCAUGGAGUGUAUAGUUGCAUGUGUGUGGUGCGGCAGAGCGUGGCGGUGCGCGCGGUGGUGUCGCUGGCGGCGCACGGCGGCGGCGCGGCGAGCGUGCGCUGGGCGGGCGCGCGGCUGGCGAGCGCGGGCGCGGACCGCGUGGUGCGCGUGUGGCAGGCGGCGCGCGGCGGCGGGCGCGCGCCUGCUGGCCGCCGUGCGCGCGCCCGCCGCCGCGCUGGCCGUGGCGCUGGCGCCCGCGCUGCUGCUGGCCGGCACGCUGCCGGGCGAGCUGCUGGCGUGGCGCGCGCCGCCCGACCAGCCCGCGGGCCUGGCGCCCGACGACGACGAGGCGGCGCCGCCCUGCUUCUGGACCCGCGAGGGAGUCGCGCGCUGGCUGCGCGAGAUAUUUUUGCUAGCAGGAUCGGAAAUGAAACUUCACGAAGAGGAAGCCCUUAUUCAAAGAGCUGAAGAUGCAAAUCUGACAGGAUCACAACUUCUAUCUACUCCGAUAGAGAAGCUACUCGAGACGUUUGGAUAUGAGCGCGCGGAGGAGGGCGCGGAGGAGGGCGCGGAGGAGGGCGCGGAGGAGGGCGCGGAGGAGGGCGCGGAGGUGAGCGCGGCGCGGGAGCGGCUGCGCGGCGAGCUGCAGUGGCUGCGCGCGCCGCCCGCCUCGCCGCAGCGGGUCAGUGCGUCUGCCGGCACGCUCUCGGCUUGUGCAGUCUCGCUGACCAGCCGCCGACCGUCAACGCCGAGCCUCGACACGUCUCAGUGUCGUCCGGAUCACUGCAGAGUACCGACGCACAUGACUGUUCUAACGGCUGUUUACCUACAAGUGGUGUGGGCGCAGGAGGCUAGGGCGCCGCACGCGCUGCGCUGCCCGCUGUCGCACGCGCUGCUGCGCGAGCCGGCGCGCGCCGCCGACGGCUUCACGUACGAGCGCGCCAACAUCCUCGACUGGUUCAUCGCGGCCGAGGGCGCGGUGUCGCCGAUCUCCGGGCGGCGCCUGCGCAACACGCGCGUGCAGCUCAACUACGCCGUGCGCGACCAGCUGCGCGACUUCCUGUUGAGCUGAGAUGUGUCCGCACCGCAUCGCGCCGUGCCGCGCCGCGUCG